CUCGAUUCUCCGACUUUGCCAAGGAAACUCGAAAUGCUUGACAAACAAACUUCCACAGUGACGCUUUCCACCGCAUUCUUUUUUUGAAUUAGAGACAUCCACUGGUCGCGCAUGAAACUCUCCGUUUUUGUCUUUCAGUCUCUCAAGCUUCGACAGCAGCACCCGGUUUUCUCCUGCGUGUCUGCGUUCCAGCGUUCAGGCACUCCGUUCCGUCUUCGCAGGUCUCUCUAAAGUCCUUUUCUCUCUUUUUUUUCUGUUCCUUCCUCCGUUGUGACUUUCUUCGAAGAGGACGGAAACUCCAGGGUGCUCGAAGGAAGAAAAUCCGCGAAAAUUCGCAUCACGUCCGUGCACAUGCGCCUCGCCGCAGACCAGCGACGACCGUCCUUCUGCGAGUUCUCUUGUCUUUCCUCCCUCGUUUUCUGUCUCGCCUUCUCUCUGCCCUUUCUUCUUUUUCUUUGCUUUCUUCUGUUCUCACCUGUCAAAGGACGAGCGGCAGAUCCUUGCGUGGAGAGGCGUCGCUCACGGCUGCCUCCCCCGUCUGUGUGUAGUACCCUUGACUCGCGGCUGCACAGCGCUUUUCCGCGUCUCUCCCGUUUUCUCUGUUUCACAGCUUCUAAACGCGCGCAAAACUCGGUUCCUUCCCCGUGUCUAUCCGAAGAAAGGCCGCCUCUUCUCUCUGAGAGGCGAAAAAAAGCGUCCACGAGCGACCACUGAAGCAUGACGGCCUGUUUCUUCUGACUUCUGUGACUUCCAGAGAAUCCGACUUCUCCGCCAUGAGGCGACCCAUUCUUCGGCGCCUUCUGCGCCUCUCCCGGCCUCUGCUGCAGAGACAACUGUCUCCGUUCGAAACUCAGUUCUCUCUUCAUCACGCCCCUCUGGUACCUCCACCUUCUUCUUCUUCUACUUCUUCUUCUUCUACUUCUUCUUCUUCUUCUUCUUCUUCUUCUUCUUCUUCUUCUUCUUCUCUCUCGUCUUUUUCUCCGCAUCUGUGGAAUUUCGAGCGUCCGUUUGUUCCCUCUUCGGGCGCCUCGAUUGACCGCAGCGACCGGCGACGAGCCUCUGCUUCCGAUGCUUCCGAUGCUCGCGCUGCCUCCGUUUUUUUCUCGGAAUCUGACGGCGCGGAGGCGUCUGCGCUGGCCGGCGUGGGCAGGGAGAUUCUGCGGUUCCUGCGUAAAGUGGAGAUUGGGCUGAAGGCGGCUCACGGAGCGGUCGCAAGACCGACGGAGGACGAACAUGUCGCCAUCCUCGCCGAGCUGAGCAGCGACCGCGCUCUCGACGCCAUGCACAGGCGCAUGUGGGAACAUCCUGAUGGCCGGCGAGUGCUCGAGGAAACGCCAUUGUUGGACGACCGUGCGGUGGACUACGCCGCUCUGCGAAGGCUGCCUUCAAACACACUCGGAUUCGCCUACAUGCAAUUCAUGGACAGCCAUGGACUGCAUGCCGGAGCCAGACAACCUGUCCGCUUCGUCGACGACCGCGAGCGCGCCUACGUCCUCACCAGGUAUCGGCAGUUGCAUGACAUCAUGCACACACUCUACGGAAUGAAUAUUUCUGUCGAAGCUGAGGUCGCUCUGAAACUCAUCGAAUUUCACAACACUGGCCUCCCGAUGACCCUCUUGGGAUCUAUUUUCGGACCUCUGGCUGCGCCAAUCAUUCGCAUGCACAUGCCGCGGCGAGCGACGGACGCGGACGUAGUGGGCGAGGCACUGGCGGGGAAGCUGCGAAGGGAGAGAAGCGGGGAGGAAAACUGCUCCUUCACUUCGGUCAACGCGCCUCUCCACAUUGUCUACGAAAGUGAACAGACGCGACAACAAGGCGAGAAGAGCGAGGCAGAAAGCGGCGUCUUCCCCGAAGAAGACCGCACCGUUUCAGAAGAAAGAAGCGACACAGAGGUCCUCUAUCCUCGCCAUGCCCUCCUCACUGAACUCCUGCCAUGGGCAUGGAAAGCAGGAAGGGCGGUCAAGGUUCCUCUCCACUGCGUGUACGUCGAAGAGUGGUUUGACCGACCGCUGGAAGACCUGCGCCGCCACUGCGGUGUUAUCCUCCCUCCUGCCCACCUCGCGCCUCACGUAGCUCGCGACCAAAGUUCUUGACUUCUGUCGUCUUUUCUUCCUUUUCUUUGCCGCUUGGUUCUCUCUUUCGCUUCUCUCUGUCUAUCUCUCCCUCUGUCUUUCUUUCGCUCCGUCUCUCUCUCUACGCUUCAGUCCCUGUCUCUCUUUGUUUCGACACACUCUUCACUUUUCCGGAAGAACUAGAAGGGCACCAAGUUUCUCCACAACCUGUUCUUUUUCCUUUUUUCUUCAUUUUCUCUCUCUCUCUCUCUUCGUGGUGCUCUCCCGCGUGGCGAGAGAAGAGACAAGUCCAGACUGUAAACGGAUUCGCGU